AGGGGGUCUGCCUGUGUUUCGACGAAUCGAGUGGGUGCAGGCAACUACCAGUUACUUGAGUCACGGGACGCAAGGCCAUUUUGUCCCUUCUCUGAUUCUGUACGUCAUUCUUAUUCACGAUUAACCGGCUAGCCGUCUCUAACCGUCUGGACCGACGAUCAUGCCCGUCUCCGACUCUGAAUCCGGCCCUCUGCAGAGUGCCCACGUAAAAACCCUUUCUCCUACCCCUGUAGAAAAGGCUGCACGCGCGCGUGAUUGAUCACUAAGUAACCGGCUUUUGAUGCCGGUACCGAGUGCUCCCCCAAAACAGUGCCGCCGCCCCACAGGAUAAAAUGACCGCGCCGACCGCAGUCCGACCCCGAGCGCAAGCGCAUUCUCUCCUCGCCUCCCUGCCGCUCUCGUCUCCCGUUUUUGCGCCGCUGGUGCGCAAGAUGAGCGCGAAGAUUCUGGAUUUGCUGGCGGGCGUCGUGGGGGCGACGCCGCGGGUCGCGAAGUGGCUGGGCAUCGCGCUGUUGGUGGUCAAUGCGGGUGGCCUGCCGCUUAUCUGGCACUUCCGCGUAUUCAGCGCCCUCUUCGAACUGCGCCUGGCCCAGCUCUGGCACAACAUCCGACACAUCCACCUGCCGCGCAAACGCAAGACCGCCGCGCUGGAAAAGUUCUUCGAGGACCGGCAGCCCGUGGGGCUGCACCCCUUCCGCGCCAAGUGGGCGGUGCGCGGGUUCGUCUGGCCCUACGCGUCGGACUUCAAUCUGCACAUGAGCAACUCGUCGUACGCCGCGGCGCUCGACUCGGCGCGCUUCCGCUUCGCGCUGGCGAUGUUCCCCCUGGUGUUCAAGACCGGCGGGUGGGCUGCGCUGGCGGGGACCCAUUUCAGCUUCAUCAGGGAGAUACCGAUGUUGAGCACGUAUGAGGUGCGCGCGGAGGUCGGUGCGUGGGAUGAGAAGUGGAUCUGGAUCGUUGCCCGCUUCGUCAAACCCGUUUCCAAAUCCAAGAGGAGAGGCAAGGCGGGGGAGAAAGCACCUGUCAAUGGGCAUGUCGUCAGUGCCAACGGAAACGCCGAUGCGGUCGGCCAAGAGCUCCUCAAGAAGGCGAUCCGUCUGCACGAGGAAGACGGGGCCGACGUCUACAGUGCGCACCGCCGCUCUUUCCCUUCCACCUAUCUUCUGACCCCCCCGCCAGCGAUUACCGUCUCGCAGCUGGUGUACAAGCAGGGCCGGAUCACGAUUCCGCCCGCCAUCGUGCUCGCGACGAGCGGAUUCUUCGCGUCUGCGGAACACCCCGCACGCGGCACGCCAGGCCUCGGUGUCCCGACCAACGGUGUCGCAAUGACGCGCGUCCCACCCCCUUACUGGGCCCAAGUGCAGGAUCUGGCGCGGGACGUGAGGAAGCUGAAAGCUUUCUACCAGGGCGGCUGGCGUGAUUAUCCGCCCGAGCAACGUUUCUGGGAGUACGCAUUCGACGCGUGCGAGGCUGAGCGCCAGCAGCGGCUUGUCUCAUUUGCUGGGCAGGCGCCUGCCGAGGGAGACUACGGCAGCGCAGGCAAGCUCGUCGUCAAGGGCGGCUUGCUUGGUGGCAUGGACGGUCUCAAAGCGUACAUAUAAACUACUUACUGCACCGGAGUGUGAUUCUGGUUAGAUUUAGAAGCUCCUUAUAGACAUGUGCAUAAUGUAGACUACUCCUUAUUCAUGAUCAGUCACUUGGGCUCCGCUCGCUCUCCACCGCCGACAAGGCGCGACGCUCACAUCACGCAACUCUCCGUGUUCGGUGAGAUCAUACCCCCGGACGCAAUGUGUCAUGACUCGACAUUACGAGGCAGAAGAAGGCUGAUGACUGGCAUCUCCCAGCUGGUCAGAUACGCAUCGCAAUGCAGGGUCUCUUAUGCAGUUGCCGUCGUACUUGAGUGCCAGAUGGGAGUCAAAAUGAAGUCAUUCACCCACUGUGAUAUACCCGAUCUUAUGGAAUGUGGCUCAGGCUGA